AUGGUUCAAUUUUCAGACAAAAGGGUUUUUCUUUUGCUUGUGGGAAUUGAACCUGGCAAAGCAAUUAGCUCUUUCGGAGUCGUGAACCUGGCAAAGCAAUUAGCUCUUUCGGAGUCAGUGUUGAUAUUUGAGAUGAAGUUGUCGAAGGAUGCCCGUUUAGCAUUUAAGAUGACUUGUCUUAGGACAGCUGACUAUCGUCUCCAGGCUUUUCCUCCAGAAGGGCGUCCUUUCUUUUCAGUUCCUCAAGGUGUUUAG